AUGAAUCAGGGAGGUCUGGAUUUCAGGGAAUGGGCCAUGGAAAUGAAUUUGAUUGAUCAUAAGAUCCAUGGUUCAUCUUUCACCUGGUGGAACAAACAAUCAACAAAUCCAAUUGCGAAGAGGCUUGAUCGGUUUCUUGUAAAUGAGGAAUGGUUUAUAUCUUUUCCUCAGAGUGUGGCUAGAACAUUAGCUCCUGGGGUAUCAAAUCAUUGUGGUCUGGUUUUGGAUUCAGAUCCAAAGUUAGGCUCACUCCCCAAGCCUUUUAAAUACUUCAAGUUUUGGCAGAAACACCCCCAGUAUUGGACCCUACUGGAAGAAGCGUGGAGUGGAGAAGCUAGGGGACUGUCAUACCAAAGAUUUUACUACAAACUAAAGCAAUUCAAAGCCAAACUGAAGCAAUUAAACCUCUCGGAGUAUUCUGAAAUAUCUGAGAGAGCAAGAGCAGCAGAGAAGGCCCUUGAACAGCAGCAGCAGUUGGUUCUCCAGGAUCCGACUGCAGAAAAUGUGGGAAAGGAAGCCGAAUUGGCAGCAUUAUGCCAUGACACUCAACGUGCAGAAGAAAGCUUUUUCAGACAGAAGUCCAGGAUAAGAAGCAUUCAGGAAGGUGAUGCAAAUACUGCUUAUUUCCAUGCCAUGGUGAGAAUCAGAAAUCAUAAGCAAACCAUUAUGAAACUAGUAAGAGAUGAUAAUACAGAAGUGAUAGAGGUAAAAGAAAUGGGGGAGGUAGCUGUUGCAUUAUAUAAGAGACUUUCGGGAGAGGUUGAUAAAGAGGUCCAGUAUAACACAGUAGACUAUUUCCAGAAUCAGCUAAGGCAGAGGUUAGAUCCAGAAGGUAUCCAAGUGUUGUUAGCACCAGUUACUAGAGAGGAGAUCAGGGAAGUAUUCAAGAAGAUGCCAAAUGAUAAAGCCCCAGGUCCAGAUGGCUUUACUGCUGAAUUUUACAAAUCAGACUAG